AUGAGAGCAGCUCGUCAGAUACAAAAGCUGGCAUCAACGUCAAAAAGCUCGAGGUCGACACCCUUCUUGCUCUCGACCAGACAGGCUUCUACCUCAUCUACCGGCACCUCCUCCACAUUCAUUCCCGAUCAACCCCCUCACUUGUCCACACCCUCCUCGCUCUCUCAACCCGUACCCAAAUUAUCGUCACAAGGCUUCUUCGACGCCUCUCGACCCUCCAUCUCUCUGCCUAUCCGAGCAAGUCAACGUGAAAGUGAGAACUACGCGGAACUACAAGAACUGGUCUCCAAGCCAUCAAGCUCCCGAACCGAAAUUGGCUCUGCUAAAAUAUGGCAAAAGUACAUUACCCUCUCUCCGGCUUAUAGGCGAUCAUUACCUAUCGAUUUCCUGCAGAAGAUAUUCAAAUAUGUCAUACCUAAUCGGAAACACGUCAGGGAACUAUCUUCAUUACCUGAUACCGAUGGCGAUGUACCGAAAGGAAAGUUAUAUAGGGAGAGAUUGAAGCAUCAUUCGAAUUUGGGUAAUAAAUGGGAAAGAAGAUUACGUACCAUCACCAAUGAUAUGAUGUGUUCUUCUAGAGAGAUUGAUCCUCAAGUCUUAAUCAAUGGAAUAGGGAAAUUGGCAAUGUUAGGAGACAAAAAUGGAUGCGAAUCGAUAAUAAGAGAAAUCCGAUUUAGGUUUGAUGAUAAAUUGACUUUUAGACAAUUGAGGAUAAUGUAUGGAUAUGGUCUUAGAAGUAUUUCGAAAUGGUUAAAAAUCCAUUCUCAUCGAUUCACCACCACCACCAUCGGUGGAACAACAGUCGGAGGAGGAAAUAAAGGAGAGUUGGAAUUGAUUGAAACUGCCGAAAGCUGUAAGAGGUUAAUCAAAUCGAUGCAAGAUCGAAAUGUUUCGCCUAAUUCCACAACUGCUGAAAAUUUAUUGAAUGUAUCGAGAUUGAUUUGUUCGACGAAUUUGAAAAAUGAUAAACUACGAAAAUCAUUCGAAGAAUUGAGUGAAAGUAUCUUAGUCAAUGGGUAUAAUUUAGAUAUCAUCAAUAAUUUAUCAUUCCCCUCGACCGUGGAUGAAGAAAGGAGAAUAAGAGAAUUGAAACCUUCCGUCAAAUUGGCGGUGGUUGAUUAUUUCGGAAGAAAAGGAGAACUGUAUAAGAUGCUUGCUGCAUAUGAUAAUCUUUUCCCAGGGGAUGUUGAUAGGUUACCUGAAGAUGUUUGGUCAUCCUCAAGAGGUGUGGAUCAGUUGGCGAAAGUGGAAGAAGAGGAAGAUGAUAUACCUACCCUGUCGAGGAUGUUGGAAGAUGAGAAGAGGCGGAGAGCUGAAAGAGGCUGGUUUGGACAGAGGAGUGUGGAAGAGCAUGGAGAUGAAGGCUUGACGUCAAUUCCGUCUGAUGCUGUCCUAUCUGAACAAUCACGUACAUUCCACGAUUACCUCUCACCGAUCCCUACACCUUUCGAUGUCCUACCCCCUUCCUCUCUAGCCGCAUCGACCAACUUGCAAUCUAUCAAAACCCCUACUACACCUUCACAACGUCCGAUAGAUGGCGAAGGAGCAGUCGUUUCAUCGAUCUUAUCAAUGUUAUCCCGAGCUUGGUUAUCCAAGAUCAAAGUAUCACCCAACGACACGAUAUACAAAGAUGUUUCGAUCCAUAUACUUAGAUUGGCAGUCCGAGCGGCAAACAUCGAACAAGCGAGGUUCAUCCAUUCUAUCAAGAAUGUCUCGCCAGAUGAAGGAGUUGAGCCUGAUUUGAGAAUUGAGGGAAACUGGUUUAAAGCUUGUUGGAGAACUGUAAGGUGGACUAGAUCAUCCUCAAGGAGAGGAACGAGAUUCGCAAAAGUCCUUUUGAACGAGUUGAGUGAUGUUCAACAGCGGUUAGCGGAGGAAAGGGAGAUACUUCAAUCGUUAUUACCUCAAGACGGGGUACAGGAAGAAUCCAGUACUUCAGUGAAUGUCAUACUGAACCAUAUCAAACAAUUGGAAUCUCUCGAAUUGGAAUUAAGUGAGAUAGAAGAGACGAUUCAAGCGAAUUUACGAAUUGCCAUUGAACGAAAGGCCCGAUCGAACUCUGCUAGAGUGGUGAAAUUGGAGGAGAGGAGACUGGCUCAGCUGGCUUACAGAGGCAAGAAGAGGGGUUUGUUGGGGAUGAGCACUGAGAAAAAUCAGGAUAACGAUAGCAGUUGGACGUUGGAUGCUGCUAGCGCGACUGCUCCCGCGGUCAGUCCUGUGAUAGCUUGA